AUCGUAUUUGGCACGUCUCCAGAACAAAUGUUUUAACCUCACUUAUAAUUCAGGUUGAUGGUGCCAUUAUAAGACAUUGUUGGCAUUGAAUUGACUGAGUUGUACAAAUUUCGUAUUUUCCAGGCCUGAGAUACCGUGUUGUAUGACCCGUUACUUUGAAAAAAGUUAGUGAAUUUUCAAAAGGUCAAAAUGAGUGCUCCAGGGCCAGCACCGGGGAGUAUGAUAGUUGUUUCCAAUAGACUACCAUUUGUGUUGAAGCGCAGUUCAGAUGGAGGAAAACUAGAAAGAAAAUCAAGUGCAGGAGGGCUGGUGACAGCUGUUGCUCCUGUUGUGAUUCAAGCCAAAGGAAUAUGGGUUGGCUGGCCAGGACUGUUUGAUGAAAUAAAUGAAGCUAUCCCAGAAUCAGAUCCCAAUGACAAGACACCUACUGCAGGACUGUUAUCAGAAAAG